AUGAUUUGUAUAAAUGAUUCUCGACAUCAUUCUAUCAUACGUUCAAAAAUUGACCUGCGUAUAUGCAGACUGCGAGAAAACCGUAAUCCCUGUCAGGAGAUGUUCUACAAUGGUGCGCCGCUUUCGUCUGGCUUUCUACCAAUAGAACUAACCUUCGUCACCCCCGCCACCACCCUCAACUAUGUAUCCAGCAAACAGAUUCGCUCAAAACUUAUCGUCCGAAUCAAAAUAAGGCUGUGCCAACAGCAAACUUCGCCUUCAGUAUACACAUUACUUAAUGAGAUUAUUAACUUCAUUUCACUAUUUUAA